AAAGGCGCGCAUGCGCCCUUGGGAAACGCGCAGAUGCCGCAACCGCACUGCGGCAGAGCAUCGUCUCUCUGCCGGUUGCUAGAGGAACACCAGCCCUGAGGCCCCGCCUUCGCGCCCAUCCUGCACGGCCGCCUACCCUUAAUCCCCUAGUCUGAGCUCCCUUUGCCCAUACACACACUAAGCCAGUGUACAGCAUCCGCCUCCAUGGAUCCCGUGCCUCUUGAACCCUCGACCAGUGUCGUCUCGGUUCCGCACCAGCCGCCCAGCGCGCAUACGGAGCCUGAUGUCCAGGGUCUCAGCGCGGGAGGCGACUCAGGCGCCAUGAGCCAGAACACCGAGGUGGAUAUGAAGGAGGUGGAGCUGAAUGAGCUAGAACCGGAGAAGCAGCCGAUGAACGCGGCGUCAGAGGCGGCCAUGGCCAUGGCGGUGGCGGGCGCCGAGAAAAACGGUCUGGUGAAGAUCAAGGUGGCCGAAGACGAGGGGGAGUCGGCGGCCACGGCCAAGUUCACCGGCCUGUCCAAGGAGGAGCUGCUGAAGGUGGCGGGCAGCCCCGGCUGGGUGCGCACCCGCUGGGCGCUGCUGGUGCUCUUCUGGCUCGGCUGGCUCGGCAUGCUGGCGGGCGCCGUGGUCAUCAUCGUGCGGGCGCCGCGCUGUCGCGAGCUGCCCGUGCAGCAGUGGUGGCACACGGGCGCCCUCUACCGCAUUGGCAACCUUCAGGCCUUCCAGGGCCCAGACGGGGGCAACCUAGCCGGUCUGAAGGGGCAUCUCGACUACCUGAGCACUCUGAAGGUGAGAGGCCUUGUGCUGGGCCCAAUUCACAAGAACCAGAAGGAUGACAUUGCUGAGACCAACUUACUACAGAUUGACCCCAGUCUUGGCUCCAAGGAAGAUUUUGAAAGUCUCCUGCAAUCAGCCAAGAAAAAGAGCAUCCGUGUCAUUCUGGACAUCACUCCCAACUACAAGGGCGAGAACUCGUGGUUCUCCACUCAGGUUGAUACUGUGGCCACCAAGGUGAAGGAUGCUCUGGAUUUUUGGCUGGGAGCUGGUGUGGACGGGUUCCAGGUUCGGGACGUGGAGAAUCUGGCGAAUGCAUCCUUAUUCUUGUCUGAGUGGCAGAACAUCACCAAGAGCUUUGGCGAAGAUAGGCUCUUGAUUGCAGGGACUGACUCCUCCAACCUUCAGCAGAUUGUGAGCCUACUUGAAUCUACCAAAGACCUGCUGUUGACUAGCUCAUACCUGUCAAAGUCCAGUUUCACUGGGGAGCAAACAAAAGUCCUAGUCACCAAGUUUUUGAAUACCAUCGGCAAUCACUGGUGCGCCUGGAGUUUGUCCCAGGCGGGGCUCAUGACUUCCUUCUUGCCGGCUCAGCUCCUCCGACUCUACCAGCUGCUGUUCUUCACCCUGCCGGGGACCCCCAUUUUCAGCUAUGGGGAUGAGAUUGGCCUGCAGACAGCUGCCCUUCCUGGACAGCCUGUGGAGGCCCCAGUCAUGCUGUGGGAUGAGUCCAGCCUCCCGAACAUGCCAGAGUCCAUAAGCGCCAAUGCGACUGUGAAGGGCCAGAAUGGAGACCCUGGCUCCCUCCUUUCCCUGUUCCGCCGGCUGAGUGACCAGCGGAGUAAGGAGCGCUCCCUGCUGCAUGGGGACUUCCAUGCCCUGUCUUCUGGGCCUGGAGUCUUUUCCUACAUCCGCUACUGGGACCAGAAUGAGCGUUUCCUGGUGGUGCUCAACUUUGAGGGGGCAAACCUCUCAGCCAAGCUGGGGCCCUCCGACUUGCCUGCAACUGCCAGCCUGCCAGCCAGGGUUAACCUCCUGCUCAGCACCAAGCCAGGCCGAGAGGAGGGCGCCUCCCUUGAGCUGGAACACCUGAACCUGGAGCCUCACGAAGGGCUGCUGCUCCGCUUCCCCUACGUGGCCUGACCGGGACCCACUACCCCUCCCCUUCUUCUCCUUGCCACAGGCCCUUUGGGUUCUGGUUUUUUUCUUUCUAUUUUUUUAAACUGUUGCAGAUACAGAUGAACCCCAAAUAAGGUGUUUUCUGCCUUUAAAUAAAAGUCACCCCUGCCUGGUGAG